ACGCAUGGAACCUGGAACAGGCGAGACAGGGCUAGGUAGAAGGAACCCUGACCGUGCAAUGCCGAUUGCUGGAGCUCAGCUCACCUACCCCGCGCCAACUUGAGAGUGCACACCCCUAGCAGAAUCCCCAGCACGCCAGCUUUAGUGCUGUGUACUGUACCUAGCUCCCGACCUGCCGCGACCCCACACUACCUAGGUAAAGCUACACCACAGCUACAACAGGGCAGAAGAGAGGUACCUACCUCUAGAUCGACAAGGGCAAAAUUCAACGUCAUAAUAGCCUACUUAUCCCGGUAAUUGAAGAUGUGGCACUGAGUCACGUCAAGCAUUAUUAAUGACCCCCUUUUCCCAAUUGGCCUCUCAGACAUCAUCACAACACAUAAAGCCCAGCAAUGGCGUCAAGAUUCAGCGCCGCGCGUCCCAAGCGCGCAGGCGAGAACUACGCGCGCCAGCACCAUAACGCAGAGCCCGACUCGAAGAAAGUGAAGUUCGACGUGCGGAAUCCCUCAGCGCUCGCGCCGGACGCAGCCGAGGACGAUGACGAGGCUCACGACGCGUUCCUCGAGGCAGACGCCGACGUGAUCCGGGGCAGCGCGGCGACGAAGCGCGGGGCCGUCAAUAUCGACGGUUACGACUCCGAUUCAGAUCGGGAGGAGCUGGGGACUCUGCAUGCCAAGGCGAAUGCGCAGAAGAAGGGCGCCGACGAGGAUAUGGACGACAUGUUCGCCGCAGAGGACGAAAAUGCCGAUGCGCGCGACGACACGGUGGACAAGACUACGGGCAAGAAGAGUAAAGAGGUGCGGUUCAUGAGCACGGGCGACAUCCAGGGGCAGGAAAACACGUCCAAGUCGGGCGGGCACAUACGCAUAAACGGCGAAGAGGAGAGCUCAGACGACGACGACGAAGCCGUUGCGCUCGCGAUACAAGAGGAAGACGUGGACGAGGAAGUCGGUGCCGGCGGGCGAAAGAAGCACGCCCCGAAGAUCGAGGCGUUCAAUCUCAAGCAGGAGAACGAGGAAGGCCGCUUCGACGAAGCAGGGAACUUCGUCCGCAAAGCCAUAGAUCCGGACGCCGUGCACGACCGGUGGCUCGAGGGUCUCAGCAAGAAGGACAUGCGGCGCGCGGCCGAGGCGCACGAGAAGCGUGAGGCGGAGCAACGGCAGAAGCGGCGCGAAGAAGACAGCGCCCUGACCUCCGACCUGCUCAAAUCCCUCAUCACGAAUCUCGAGCGCGGCGAGACGGCGCUAGAGGCCUUAGCGCGCCUCGGCCGCUCUCAGAACAAGACGAAGGUGAAAAAGGUGCCCAAAUGGAAGCAGAAAAAACAGGCACAGAAGACAGAUGCCAUGGACGUCGAUGACGACAAGGGGAAGGACAAAGAACCCGAGGACCCCGAACAAGUCCGCAUCAAGGAAGCCAUCAACGACAUCACUGAUGCAGCGGACAAGCUUCUGGGCCGCGACCGCCCUGACAUAUAUGAUCGCGAGCGAGAGCUGCUGAUACGGGAGUAUGUGCGCGAGACGGACGAGGAGUGGGUAGAGCCGGUGCGGGAAGAGCAAGCGGAUGGCCCGCCCAAAGGCACGAAGAUGUGGGAGUACCGCUGGACAGAUGGUCGGGGCGGCGGGGAAGCGAAGCAAGGGCCCUUUGAAGGUAGCAUGAUGAAGGCCUGGCAAGACGCCGGUUACUUUGGCGAGGGUGUCGAGUUUCGAGAAGUUGGUGAUGAGAGCUGGAGCCGCUCGGCUGACUUUGUCUGAAAGUAAUUGUCUUGUCAGUUCAAAGAUGUGUUGAGGCGACGCUGUUUGACCUAGCCCCCCUCAUGCCAGAUGUCAGUAGGCAACUUACGGAUUAAACAAAUGAACCUAAAGCUAGACUGAUGUUCCAUAGAAUGACAUGUCAUGGUAUAGAUGUGCAUCGCAGCUGUCACAAUAGGGGACAGA